AGCAGCGGCAACAACAACAGCAACAGCAAAUUUUCAGUUAGCUUUGAGACGCAGCGCAGCGCUAAAGGCAAAAAAGUAAUACGGAUAGAGAAUUUCAUUUUUUGGGCCGUUAAAUCAGUUGGAAAAUGCGUAGUCGCACGGAGCUGGUGACCACCACAUUCGAUCUGGAUUCCGAUGAGGAGGACUACAGUCCGGACGACGAUGAUUCCGAGGAGGAUUGGCGGCCCAACAAGAAGCAACGCCAACAGAAGCAGCCGACACGCGCCAAUGGCAACAAUAACAGCAGCAGCGGUGCUGGCGCUGGCGGCAGCGACGCUGGCAGCGCUGGACGCAAACGCAAGGCAACUGCAACAGCAACGGCAGCGAAGAGCAAGCGACGUACGAUUGUGCCCAAGGUAAGCGACGAAGAUUUCGAGUCUCUGGACGAUGAGGAGGAUGACAAUAAUCUGGAAUCGGAGCCCAGUGAGGGCGAAUUCGAAAAUGUCGCCGCGGCGAGCACUUCGACGGCGAAGCGUGCACAAGGUCUGCCGCCCAAGAAGCAAUUCGUCAAAUUGGCCCAAUUGGAUUUGUUGCUCAACAAACGGGAUCUGUUGGACGCGAAUUGGCUGCUCAAUAGUCGGCUCUGUCUCUGGCGCAAGGAUGAGCAAACGAAUCUGUUGCAGAAAUAUUUGCGCGUCAAAACGACUGAGGACGCGGCCAAGCCGCAAGAGCAGCAGCUGCUCUUCACUUCCAGCUCUGUGUAUUCCAGCUGGGAUGAGCAGCAUAUUAGUGAUUUCAUAGAUGUCAAAGUCAACUGCUUGGAUCCUAACAAUAGACGCAUUCAAUUGGCUGAUCUAGAGGCCAUCAAGAAACUAUCUAUAGAGCUACAGGCGGAGGCGGCGGCGGAGGCAGAGGCGGCGGCAUCGGCAGCAAAUGAACCGAAUCCAAGCGAGGCCAACGAUGAGAAUGAUAAUAAUGAGAGCACCGCUGAUCAGGAGCCAGCUGGAGCAGCCAAGCAGCAGAACGAGGAUGUGGGGGAGGAGGAAGACGACGAUGACGACGACGAUGAUGAUGAAGAUGAGGAAGAUGUGGAUGAAGAUGAUGAGGAUGGGGACGACGAUGAGGACGAAGGAUAAACGAUAAAGAAAACGAAACUAUUAAUGAUAUACAUAUUUACAAAGGAAAAACCAAACGAGUUCUAUACAUAAUUCCUAGAAGUUA